AUGGAUGAUGCUUACAAGGUACGGUCGGAUUGGUUUCACCAUGGAGAUGGUAACUCAGUUGAUGUAGUGGAAGUUAAAGAUAGAUGCUGGAAUGCUGAGAUCCUUAGUUUAUAUGAAGCCGCAAACUGCUUAGAUGAGGAUUUAGCCAUUCGGGGGUCAGAGUUGCGUGAGUCAGUUGAGGGUGAGGAUAGGAAAGAAGAUGAGUUUUUAGCAAAACUUGCAGAGGCUGAAACCCCCUUGUAUCCAACGUGUUCGAGUCAUAGCAAGCUAUCAGCUGUAGUUUCAUUGUUCAGGAUUAAGUCUCAGAAUGGGUGGUCAGACAAGAGCUUUGAUGACUUACUGCAAACUUUGUCGAACAUGUUACCUGAAGACAAUGUGCUGCACACAUCAACUUAUGAUGUCAAGGAGUUUUUGAAAUCUUUUGAUAUGGGAUAUCAAAAAAUUCAUGCUUGUGUGAACGACUGCUGCUUAUUUAGAAAGAAGCUGAAGACGGCUGAGAGUUGCCCAAAAUGCAAGGCGUCUAGAUGGAAGACCAACAUGCAUACUGGUGAAAUCAAGAAGGGUGUUUCACAGAAGAGCACAGAUGGGAAACUGCGCCAUCCAGUAGAUUCUGUUACUUGGCAGUCAAUGAAUGACAAGUAUCCGGCGUUCGCAGCGGAGGAGAGGAACUUGCGACUUGGGCUUUCAACAGAUGGGUUUAAUCCCUUCAGUAUGAAGAACAGCCGAUACAGUUGUUGGCCUGUGUUACUAGUGAAUUACAACAUGGCUCCUCACCUAUGUAUGAAGGAGGAGAACAUAAUGCUCAGUCUGCUGAUUCCAGGACCCCAUCAACCAGGCAAUAGUAUAGAUGUAUACUUAGAACCUCUGAUAGAAGAUUUAAAACAUCUGUGGUGCAUAGGCGAGUUAACAUACGAUGCAGUUAGUAAGACAACCUUUACGCUUAAGGCAAUGCUUCUUUGGACUAUUAGUGAUUUCCCCGCAUAUGGGAAUCUUGCUGGUUGUAAAGUGAAGGGUAAGAUGGGUUGUCCUAUAUGCGGGAAGCACACAGAUAGUUUGUGGCUGAGUAAUAGUAGGAAAUUUGUAUUUAUGGGCCACCGGAAAUGUUUGCCUCCCUUACAUAGUUUCAGAGGAAAGAAGACUUGGUUUGAUGGGAAAACUGAACAUGGGACAAAGGGAAGGAUACUGACGGGUAGGAAUGUCUCAUUUGUGCUGAGAAAUUACAAUAAUGUGUUUGGUAACAGAAAACAGUCUGGGAAACAGAGAGCUACUCGAGUUGACAUACCAUCUGAUAACGAGGAGGAACUAAUUGAAUCUGAUGAAGAUGAAGAUAUAGGAUAG